CAGAAUUUGCCCACAUAAAUACUGAGUAAGACUCUGCUCACUCCUCACUUCUCUGCACUUGGCCCUGAGCUGGACCUGGUCCCCUGAGGGUAGGCAGGGCCAUGAGGGACCUGUUCAUGCUGUGGGUAACCAUGGGAAUAUGCUGUGCUACCUUUGGUGCCUCUGCCUGGUCAGUGAAUAAUUUCCUGAUAACAGGCCCCAAGGCCUAUCUGACCUAUACUACCAGUGUGGCCUUGGGUGCCCAGAGUGGCAUCGAGGAGUGUAAGUUCCAGUUUGCUUGGGAACGCUGGAACUGCCCUGAAAAUGCUCUGCAGCUCUCUACCCACAACAGGCUGAGAAGUGCCACCAGAGAGACUUCCUUCAUUCAUGCCAUCAGCUCUGCCGGAGUCAUGUACACCAUCACCAAGAACUGUAGCAUGGGUGACUUUGAAAACUGUGGCUGUGAUGAGUCAAAAAAUGGAAAAACAGGAGGCCAUGGCUGGAUCUGGGGAGGCUGCAGCGACAAUGUGGAAUUUGGGGAAAGGAUCUCCAAACUCUUUGUGGACAGUUUGGAGAAAGGGAAGGAUGCCAGAGCCCUGAUGAAUCUUCACAACAACAGGGCCGGCAGGCUGGCAGUAAGAGCUACCAUGAAACGGAUCUGCAAAUGCCACGGCAUCUCAGGGAGCUGCAGCAUCCAGACAUGCUGGCUGCAGCUGGCUGACUUCCGGGAGAUGGGAAACUACCUAAAGGCCAAGUAUGACCAGGCACUAAAAAUUGAGAUGGAUAAGCGGCAGCUAAGGGCUGGGAACAGCGCUGAAGGUUGCUGGGCUCCCACUGAGGCCUUCCUUCCUAGUAUAGAAGCUGAGCUGAUCUUUUUAGAGGAAUCUCCAGACUACUGUACUCGCAAUUCCAGCCUGGGCAUCUAUGGCACAGAGGGUCGUGAAUGCCUGCAGAACAGCCACAACACAUCUAAGCGGGAGCAACGCAGCUGUGGGCACCUGUGCACUGAGUGUGGGCUGCAAGUGGAAGAAAGGAGAACUGAAGCUGUGAGCAGCUGUAACUGCAAAUUCCAAUGGUGCUGCACCGUCAAGUGUGACCAGUGUAGGCAUGUGGUCAACAAGUACUACUGCAUGCGCUCCCCGGGCAGUGCUCGGGGCCGGGGAAACAGGAGAUCCUGAUAACACCCCACAUGAACUGAUUUGCUCAGUUGCAUGACAGUGGAGGGUGACACCUCUUCUCUCUUGGAGAGAGUAGACUGGAAAACAAUUGGACAAUCACAGGGAUAUCUGUGGUCCUCGUGAUAUCUGCUACAGAUGGGGAAAUGGAGGUCCAAGAUUAUACAGCAUAUUGACAGAGUUGAUAUUAAAACCUGGGCCUCCUCCUAACUUGGGCAGACCCAAUCUUUCCUGCAA